UCAUAUAAUAUAAUGUACAAUAAUUCAAUUUCAUCAAGAACCUAUUUUUGAUUUAUAUGCAAUUUAGAAAAUCCAAUUAACAGCUUUGAUUUGGUGAACACUGAGAAUCAAAGCGUUGAUCUACAGAGCACCAUUAAUUGACAGCUGAAUGGCUGCGACCACCAUGGCCACAGCGGCGGGUGCGGUGGUCUUGUUGUACUAUGUGUUGAGUCGUCGAUUGACGGCCAAGGAUGGGGAGGAGGAAGAAACUGGUGAUUAUUCCAAAGCAGCAAGUAGAUCUGUGAAACGGAGACUAUCACGAAGGCCAGCUCAAGCUCCGGCGACUUGGUUGGAAACCAUUUCGACUUUGUGUGGAACUCUCCGGUUUACCUAUUCGGAAACACUAGGGAAAUGGCCUAUUGGUGACUUGGCUUUUGGGAUCAAUUACCUUAUUCGAAGUCAGGGAAAUGUACCAGUUGCAAGUGUAUAUGCUGGGGAAAGCUGUGUGCAACUAAAGGGUGAUGAGAUUAUAGCUCAGUUGUAUCAUUACUUAAGGUUGGUAACCCUCUGUAUGCUUUUCUCAAAGAAGCCAUUUCCUGUAUUCUUGGAGUCUGCUGGCUACUCUCAAGAAGAUGUCCUCCUUCAGAAGCCUAAAGCAGGACUUCUUAAGCCCGCCUUUACAAUUAUUAAAGACAGAAAUUUAAAUUGUUUCCUUCUUCUAAUUCGGGGCACUCAUAGCAUCAAAGAUACUCUGACUGCAGUAACAGGCGCUGUUGUACCUUUUCACCAUUCAGUUUUAGAUGAUGGUGGGAUUAGCAAUCUUGUUUUGGGAUACGCACAUUGUGGGAUGGUUGCUGCUGCUCGUUGGAUUGCCAAGCUUAGUAUGCCUUUCUUGGUAAAGGUUCUGGAGGAAAAUCCUGAGUAUGAGAUAAAGGUUGUUGGGCAUUCACUUGGUGGCGGUACUGCUGCACUUCUGACCUAUAUCCUUCGAGAGCAAAAAGAACUUUCCUCGAGCACCUGUGUCACUUUUGCACCAGCUGCCUGUAUGACGUGGGAGUUGGCAGAGUCAGGAAAGCACUUCAUCACUACAAUAAUAAAUGGUUCUGAUCUGGUGCCUACAUUUUCAACCGCUUCUAUAGAUGUUCUUCGUUCUGAGGUAACUGCGUCAUCCUGGGUAAAUGAUCUGCGUGACCAAGUUGAGCGCAAUAGAGUUUUGAAGGUUAUUUAUCGAUCUGCCACUGCUCUUGGUUCUCGUCUGCCAUCUAUAGCUGUAGCGAAAGCAAGGGUUGCUGGUGCAGGUGCACUUCUGCGUCCUGUCUCAAGCAGUACUCAGGUGGUGAUGAAGCGUGCUCAAGAUGUUGCCCAAGCAGUUGUCAAGACACGCUCCUCUUUGUCAUCAUGGAGUUGUAUGGGUGUGCGACGCCGUGUUGUCUCGCCUUCAGCAAACUCCAAACCAGAUGAUUUCCCUGAGGCUCCCCUUAUAGCUCCGAGAACAUGUGAAGCAUUUGUGAGUGAAGUAGUAAGCAGUGUUCCUGACGGGAACAAAGUUGAAUAUUGUUGUUCUUCAAGCAGUGGAUCUGGACAUGAUGAGACCGAUGAAGAGGAAGAUGCUGCUGGAGUGGAUAAAGCAAUCGGUACUACCACCAUAGAAGAGGACAUCACAGAAGGUGAAUUGUGGUAUGAAUUGGAGAAGGAGCUACAAAGGCAGGAGCGUGAAGCUGAUGUCCAUGACCAAGAAGAAAUUGCUGAAGAGGAGAAAUUGCUGGCUGAUGCAGCUGAAAGCCAAACGGCAAUAUCUCCAUCGGAUGUGUUAGAUAACCAUCAUUUUUACCCUCCUGGAAGAAUAAUGCAUAUGGUUUCUAUACCAUCAACAGAGGCAAGUGAUCUGGAUCAUGAUGGUCCAACGGAAGACCAUGUCGGGAUAUACGAGACCCCUAGAGAAUUGUAUAGUAAGCUUCGUUUGUCAAAAACCAUGAUAAAUGAUCAUUAUAUGCCAAUGUAUAAGAAGAUAAUGGAAUUAUUGAUUAGGGAGCUAGAAAAUGAAUUAGACUGUGAUUGUGAAUCAUGAGUUGGACCCAAAAAUAACACAGUACAUAUAUAUAUUGAAGAUGCCAAACAAAGGCAACAAAUUUGAAAUUUCCCUUC